AUGGCCUCCAACCCCAACCCCGGCAACUUCGCCAACCGCCCCCAGGAAGAAGUCGAAGACAUCGCCCGCAAGGGUGGCCAGUCCAGCCACUCGGGCGGAUUCGCCUCCAUGGACGAGGAUAAGCAGCGCAACAUCGCCUCCAUGGGCGGCCAAGCCUCCAGUGGUAGCUUCCAGCCCGGCGAAGAACGGGCCCGGGAAGCCGGCCACAAGGGUGGAAUGGCAUCUGGAGGGAGCUUCGAGCCUGGAGAUCCCCGGGCUAGAGAGGCUGGUCGGAAGGGAGGAUCCAGGACUGCGGAGGAUAUGCCGGAGGAGUAA